UUUUUUUUUUUUAAAAAAGUGGGAAACUACGUUGAAUCUUCUUAGAAAGCGUUACAUGUGAUUACUUCACUAUUCACGUAUCCUAUAUUUAUAAACCAAGGAAACCAAGCCAAAAUACAAACUUCCAAAGGUCAUUCAUCUCUCUCAGACUCUCAGUUGAUUCUUUUUCCUUCAUAACUAUGGAAUUACACCAACGUAAAACCACAAACCAUUCCAACAACAUCGACAACGAUGACAAACCAUUCAUUCCAAAACCUAAAAAACUAUGGAGUUUGCCAUGCAACACAGUUUACUUCAUUGUUGCACUAUCCAAAAAAAUCCUUACCAAUAACACCCAACACACGAGAAGGGUUGUUGCCCGUUCUCGGUCCUACAUUGUUGUUGAUGUUGAAUCUGAUUCUAGUUCUAUUAUCCAUGAUGACGUUCAAGCAACAUCGUCUUUUCCAUUUGAAAUAGGCCAAGAGAUUCUUACGUCCAUGACAAGGGAAAAGGACGUCGAAUCUCUUUCGAAACUUGGUGGUGUAAAGCAUCUUGCUUUUACGCUAGGAACCAACAAUGCACUUGGUGUAAGUAGCACCAACACUACUGAACUUUUAAACAGAAAGACUGUAUACGGGUCUAAUGUUUUCCAAAAACCACCUAAAAAAGGCUUUCUAAGCUUUGUUAUUGAAGCAUUGAAAGACACCACAAUCAUCAUACUAUUUCUUUGUGCAUGUCUCUCCCUUGUAUUUGGCAUUAAACAGCAUGGCCCCAAAGAAGGGUGGUAUGAUGGCGGAAGCAUCAUCAUUGCUAUAUUUCUCGUUGUUUCUGUUUCUGCCAUUAGCAACUUCAAGCAGAGCCGACAGUUUGAAAAGCUCUCCAACGUUAGCAGCGACAUACAGGUUGAAGUGUUGAGAGAUGGUCAUCGCCAGCAUGUUUCCAUCUCUGAAGUCGUUGUGGGUGAUAUCGUCUUUCUGAAGAUAGGGGAUCAAAUUCCGGCUGAUGGGUUAUUCUUGGACGGCCACUCCCUGAAGCUGGACGAGUCAAGCAUGACAGGAGAAAGUGAUCAUGUUGAGGUAAAUGACAAAAAUAACCCGUUUUUGUUCUCUGGUACAAAGGUCACAGAUGGUUAUGGGAGGAUGCUGGUUACUUCAGUGGGUAUGAACACUACAUGGGGUGAGAUGAUGAGUUCCAUAAGUCAGAAUUUGGAAGAAGAGACUCCAUUACAGAAACGCCUUAACAAGCUCACCUCAUACAUUGGUAAGGUCGGUCUUCUAGUUGCAUCGCUAGUUCUUCUCGUCCUGUUGAUUCGUUACUUCACAGGGCAUACUAGAGAUGAACAUGGAAAUCGAGAAUACAAUGGAAGGAAAACAAGAACAAACGAUGUAAUGAAUGCAGUCAUAGAUAUUGUUUCUGCUGCAGUAACCAUUAUAGUCGUUGCCAUUCCUGAAGGUCUCCCAUUAGCUGUGACAUUAACCCUCGCAUAUUCAAUGAAGAAGAUGAUGGGAGACAAUGCCAUGGUUAGGAAACUCUCAGCUUGUGAGACAAUGGGGUCAGCCACUACCAUAUGUACUGACAAAACUGGUACUCUAACUCUUAACCAAAUGAGUGUCACUGAAUUCUGGCAGGGCAAAGAAGUUGUACAAAGGCCCUUUUCUUUGUCGAAGGAUGUUCAUGAAUUACUUCAUCAAGCUGUUGGCUUGAACACAACAGGAAGUGUCUGUCAAACACCUUCAGAAUCAACUCCUGAGAUAUCCGGCAGUCCCACAGAGAAAGCAAUCCUUAAAUGGGCUGUUUGUGAUUUGGAGAUGGAGAUAGGCAUGCUGAACAAAAGCUUUGAGGUUCUGAAAGUUGAGACAUUCAACUCAGAGAAAAAGAGAAGUGGGGUUAUGGCUAGGAUGAUGAGUAGCAACAGAGUGCAAAUACAUUGGAAGGGAGCAGCAGAGAUGAUACUAGCCAUGUGUUCGAGCUAUUACGACCAAGGAGGGAUGUCUGUGAUGUUGGAGGAAGAAGAUAAAGAAUAUUUCUGCGAAAUUAUUCAAAAUAUGGCAGCUCAAAGCCUAAGAUGCAUCGCUUUUGCUCACAAACAAGGGGAGGAGGACGGUGUCAUGCAGCAGCUCGAUGAUAGUGGGCUCACUUUGUUGGGUAUAGUUGGAUUGAAGGACCCAUGUCGACCUGGUGUUCUAGAAGCAGUAGAAUCAUGCAGGAAAGCAGGAGUUAGUGUCAAAAUGAUCACAGGAGACAAUAUUUUCACUGCAAAAGCGAUAGCUACAGAAUGCGGAAUCCUCAGACCAGACGACCAACUACAUGAAGAAGCUGUCAUAGAAGGCGUAGAGUUCAGAAAUUACUCACUUGAAGAAAGAAUAGCUAAAAUUGACAACAUUCGAGUAAUGGCAAGAUCAUCUCCAUUCGACAAGCUUCUCAUGGUCCAAUGCCUGAAGCAGAAAGGCCAUGUAGUGGCUGUGACAGGUGAUGGUACAAAUGACGCUCCAGCCCUUAAAGAAGCCGAUAUUGGAUUAUCAAUGGGUAUCCAGGGCACUGAAGUUGCAAAAGAGAGUUCCGAUAUUGUCAUCCUAGAUGACAACUUUGCUUCUGUUGUCACUGUCUUGAGGUGGGGUCGAUGUGUGUACAACAAUAUCCAGAAGUUCAUUCAGUUCCAGCUGACAGUAAAUGUUGCUGCCCUUGUAAUCAAUUUUGUCGCUGCAGUUUCUUCGGGAAAUGUUCCUCUAACUGCAGUCCAACUGCUCUGGGUGAACUUGAUCAUGGAUACCUUGGGAGCAUUAGCUUUGGCUACUGAAGAGCCAACUAACGAUCUCAUGAAGAAAAAACCAGUCGGAAGAACCGAGCCACUCAUAACCAAAGUCAUGUGGCGAAACCUCAUUGCACAGGCAUUUUAUCAGAUGGCUGUCUUGUUAACCCUACAGUUUAAGGGCCAGUCAAUAUUUGGAGUAGGGGAGAGACUGAAGGACACCCUCAUAUUCAACUGUUUCGUGCUCUGCCAAGUAUUCAACGAGUUCAAUGCAAGAAAGCUGGAGAAGAAGAACAUAUUUGAAGGUAUUCAUAAAAAUAGGUUGUUUCUGGGGAUAGUUGGAAUGACUAUUCUUCUUCAAGUGGUGAUGGUGGAAUUCCUCAAGAAAUUUGCAGGUACUGAGAGGUUGAGCUGGGGUCAAUGGAGUGCAUGCAUAGCAAUUGCUGCAAUCAGUUGGCCCAUUGGUUGGCUUGUAAAAUAUAUUCCAGUUUCCAGCACGCAGAAUAAUCUCUCAGCACGCAGUUAAAAGUCCUGCCAAUGACCAUAAAACAUGCAUCAGUCUCAAUCAAAUUAUCAGUCCGAGUCUUUGUUAUUUGUUAAUACUUUAUAGUCAGUUGAUUUAGAAUCAUAAAACAUCCAGAUUCAUGAAUAAGAAGUCAAUUUCUUGAAUAUACAAUGCUACUACAUUUCUUAA